AUGAAGUCACUCCUGCUGGGACUCCUGCUUGGCCUGGCAUCCAUAGAGUUGGCCCACUCCUUACGAUGCUACACGUGCAAGGAACCCACUGACAUUGCUCAGUGCAGAAAACCCACCCUGUGCCCUCCAAAAGCCACUGUGUGCACAACAACACUGCUGUCUGUAGACUCAGGUUACCCAUUUUUUGGCAACAUCACAGUGAUCAGGAGCUGUGAGGAGGAAUGCAUCUCCAACAAUGGGAUAGGGGCAUCCAAACCCAAGUCCUGCUGCUACACUGACCUCUGUACUGAUGACACCAGGAGCUCCAAUGGGGUGGGAAGAAGCUCUGCAGCUUUGGGGAUGAUGUCCAUGGUUGUUGGCAUCCUCCUCCAGUGUGCUCUGUAA